AUGCUUCCCCUCACAGAACAACACACCAGAACCCCACAAAAGAGGUUCAAUUUGGCUGAGAAUUAUGCUCUUCUAAACACAAAUAAUCACUCUUCAGAUGAAUAUAUUCCGAUAGAUGAAAUGAAACCUCAUCAAGAUAUUAUGCAAAUGUUUCGAGAUGCCAAACAAAAUAAUACUUAUUUGAAAGUACAAGCUCCGAUGGUUCGCUAUUCAAAAUUAGCGUUUCGAUUAUUGUGUUUGGAGUAUAAUUGUGACGUCGUGUAUACACCAAUGAUGAUGGCCGAUAGUUUCAGUAAAUCACAAAAGGCCAGAGACUCAGAUUUUGCAACACACGUUCACGAUAAACCUCUCGUGGUACAAUUUGCAGCCAAUAAUCCAACAGAUUUUAGUUUGGCUUGUCAAUAUAUUGCACCUUUUUGUGAUGGAAUUGAUAUCAACUGUGGCUGUCCUCAACCCUAUGUCAUGAAAGAAAAUUUAGGUGCAGCCUUAGUGACACAACCACAAAAGAUUUUUGACAUGGUCCAUGAAGCGAACAACAAGUUUAUAUCUGGAACUUUUCGACCAAUUGGUGUGAAAAUUCGAAUUCAUCCAGACGAUGAUUCCUUAGAGUUUAGAAAAACUAUUGAUUUAGCAAGACAAAUUGAAAAAGCUGGUGCUAGUUGGGUCACUGUUCACGGUCGAACUCACAAACAACGAACAAAAAACACAAAGGUCAAUCCAGAUGGUCCAAAAAUUGUGAAACAAGCGCUACAGAUCCCUGUCAUGCAUAAUGGAGACGUUUUUUCAUUGAAAGACGCAAAUGAUUUAGCUUCAUAUACUGGCUGUGAUGGAAUCAUGAGCGCACGAGGUCUGUUAAGCAAUCCUGCACUUUUUGCUGGAUUCAACCAAGUUCCUUUCGAAUGCAUUGAGCGAUACCUUCAAAUUUCAAUUCAAGUCGGAGGUAUUCCUUUCCAGUUGCUUCACCACCACGUAAUGUUUAUGCUGUACUCGCAUCACCAAUUUCUAUCCAAUGAUAUUAUUGAGUUUAGUAAUUGCACCAGUGUCGCCUCAAUUUUAGACUUCUUUGAGGAUAGAGGUCUUUCCAUUUCACUGUAA